AUGUACUCCGCACGGAAAAUCUCUCCACUACCUCUAUUGCCAGUUGAGAUCCUUGAUCUCUCCGACGUUGAAAGCGUCUUUCAUCUUAUCCAAACGGAUAAUGUCGACUGGGCGGCAUUUCGAGCCCCAUUUGAUUUACCAGAUGAUUGCGCGAGCGUUCUUCAAUUGAUCGAUACUUCAGUCUCUACCUCUGAUGGAAAGCACGAAGUCGCGAUGCGUCUUCGGCUCGGGGUACUUAUUGCUGCUGUGUUUUCCACAUCCCCUGACAAACGGAAUCCUGAUCUGAGCCGGAUUCCUGUCUCGUCUGGCUACCGAUUUUUCUUUGAGCCGACUAUCUACAAGGAGGAGUUCUACCGUCUACAUGGAGUUCCACUAUUUUCCCUUUGGUAUAGCGGACAUGUCGAGACGGACAACCCGGCCGUCAACUUUAUCAUCGUCGAGACGCCGAAAGGGGAGAGUUCAGAUGGUAUUCCUCAGGCUCUUGCCUAUGCAGGGAUGAUUCACAGACAACGACAUUUCGAGAGUCGGGUUCAAAACAUCAUUUAUGGCCUCUCCACCGAUCAUGAUCAGUUCCAUUUUGUUCGUUUGGAUGGCCAGGGAAAGUGGUCUCAGCUCGAUAUCAAUUACGAAAAUCGCCAGCAAAUCAUCGAAAUACUUGCAUACAUCCACGGGCAAGCUGCUCUUCUGUUCGCCUCUGAAGAACGGUGCUCGCAGUCUCAAACGAAUCUUAAUCUGGUCCGCGGUGAUGAAGAUAGCGGCUCCGUGAGUAUUACAACCUGGUCAAGAUUUCGAGUGGAAAAGUCUUGGGAAAUGAAUGAGUCAGAGGAGGAUGACAAUGAAUCUGACAUUGACGAUGAAUCUGACAUUGACGAUGAACCUGACAUUGACAAUGAACCUGACAUUGACAAUGACUUUAUCUUUGGCAAUUAG